CCAAGUAGUUCAUGCGGUUCUCGCGAUAUUUGCCCAUGGUGGCGUUGUUCUCGCUCGCCGACGACGAGACUAGCUGUCUGGAAAUUUAUCUCGUGGGUUCGACGCAAUAACAUUUUUCUAACUGUUAGUUUUAUUCCACCGCCAGACACGUUAGUUGUUUCACAUUUCAAAGCGCACUGCUGUUUAUUUCCGGAAUCCAGCUGGAGAAUGGCUGCCGCUGAAGUGAACGGCAGUUCUGCCCUGCUGAAGGAGGAAGAAGAACCCAUGGAUGUUACAGGACCACUCACGGAGAACUACCAGACACUGAUUAACGCGGGACUCUCACAGAAUGUGGCUGAAAACCUAGAUAACAUCUUUCAGACAGGCCUGGUAGCGUAUGCUGAAUUGGACGAGAGGGCCAUCGACGCUCUCCGGGAGUUCAGUGAGGACGGAGCACUCGCUGUGCUGCAGCAGUUCAGAGAAAGUGACCUGUCGCAUGUACAGAAUAAGAGCGCUUUUCUUUGUGGAGUGAUGAAAACUUACCGACAGAGAGAGAAGCAAGGUAACAAAGUACAAGAGUCCACUAAAGGUCCAGAUGAGACAAAAAUAAAGGCUCUUUUGGAGCAGACAGGAUACACUUUGGAUGUCACCACAGGGCAGAGGAAAUAUGGAGGGCCUCCACCUGAGGAGGUUUUCAAAGGAUUACAACCAGGGAUUGGGACAGAGGUGUUUGUGGGAAAGAUCCCGAGGGACUUGUACGAAGAUGAGUUGGUGCCACUGUUUGAGUCUGCUGGACCCAUCUGGGACCUCAGAUUAAUGAUGGACCCGCUUUCUGGUCAGAAUAGAGGUUACGCCUUCAUCACAUUCUGCAAUAAGGAUGACGCACAAAAAGCUGUGAAGCUUUGUGAUAACUACGAAAUCCGGCCUGGCAAGUAUUUGGGAGUGUGCGUAUCUGUUGCCAACAAUCGCCUGUUUGUCGGCUCUAUCCCAAAGAACAAGACUAGAGAAAGUAUAUUGGAAGACUUUGGCAAAGUUACAGAGGGUCUCCAAGAAGUGAUCUUGUACCACCAGCCAGAUGAUAAGAAGAAGAACCGAGGCUUCUGUUUCCUGGAGUACGAGGACCACAAGUCCGCCGCGCAGGCCCGUCGCCGCCUCAUGAGUGGCAAGGUCAAAGUGUGGGGGAAUCCAGUGACUGUGGAGUGGGCUGACCCUGUCGCUGAGCCAGACCCUGAAGUCAUGGCGAAGGUAAAAGUGCUCUUUGUAAGGAAGCUGGCCACUGCAGUGACCGAAGAGCUCCUUGAAAAGACCUUCUCUCAGUUUGGAAAGCUGGAGCGAGUGAAGAAAUUGAAAGACUACGCUUUUGUUCAUUUUGAAGAAAGGGAUGCUGCUGUAAAGGCUAUGGAUGAGAUGAACGGGAAGGAGCUCGGCGGGGAUGAAAUCGAGAUUGUCUUGGCCAAACCUCCAGAUAAGAAGAGGAAAGAGCGGCAAGCAGCUCGGCAGACAUCCAGGAGUGCUGGGUAUGACGACUACUAUUACUACCCAGCUCCCCGCAUGCCACCACCAGGGCGUGGCAGAGGUCGUGGUGGUCGUGGGGGCUAUUCCUAUCAAACAGAUUACUAUGGCUAUGAAGACUAUUACGAUGACUACUAUGGCUACGACUAUCAUGACUAUCGUGGGGGCUACGAAGACCCUUACUACAGCUACGACGACGUAUACAGCGGCAGGGGGCGUGGCAGCCGUCCCAGUAGGAGCGGGCCUCCAUCCAGGGCCCGCGGUGCGCCGCCGACCCGAGGCAGGGGGGGCUACUCCCAGAGAGGGCCGCCCCUCGGAGCGCCGAGGGGUAGCCGAGGAGGGCGGGGGACCCCGUUCCAGCCCCAGAGGGGCCGCGGGCCUCGUGGGCCCCGGGGCAAUCGCGGGGGGAAUGUCGGAGGCAAGAGGAAGGCAGAUGUGUUUAACCAGCCCGACUCCAAGCGUCGCCAGACCAACAACCAGCAGAACUGGGGGUCCCAGCCCAUCGCCCAGCAGCCCCUGCAGCAAGGGGCCGACUAUUCCGGUGGAGAAAAGAAUCCACAAAGGAGGAAAUCGACAUUUUGUAAGUGUAUGCUUAGCGUUUCUAGAGAGCAUCAAAUUGUGAUUUUUAUUUUAAUUGAUACCAUCAUUUCCUGUUUUCUUUCAAAUUGCCCAAUAGAAUUUGGUUUGGCUUACCUUAAGAGCCAAUAGCAGUUUGUUCUCUGAUGUUAUUUGUAUUUAUAACUUCUACAUCUGUUCCAUUUCAAUAAAACUCAGCUGAGAAUCAAUCAGUCAA